AUGAGGUCCAACAUCGGGCUAAUACUGGCAUCUUUAAUAACUUCAGCACACUCAAGACUAUCAUUCCAAGAUGUAUCAAGCCCUCAAUUUGAUUUUUCAGGCUCCAAUAAUGAUCAGAUAGCAUUUUUGGGAGAUUUUGAUGCAAGUUCAAUAUAUUCUUAUGUUGGCGAAUCAAACUUUACCAAUCAAAACACAUUACAAAAUCAACUAUAUUAUAGCACGGGGGAUAACGAUAGAUUCAUAACGCUGGGGCAAAUAAAUGGUUCAAUAGAUCAAAUUCUACCAGUACAUAAUGAUUCUUUUAUACUUCUUGGUGACUUUGAUGGAAUAGGAAAUCAAAAUGUUUCAAGUCCAGCCAUUUUCAAUUUAGAUUCUGAAAAUUUUACUUCAAUAGACCCAAAUAGUGACAUAAAUGGAACUAUCAAUACUGCGUUUUUUGAUUCAGAUGACAAUUUAAUAUACCUAGGUGGUGAUUUUGAAUUCAACAACACUCAUGGCGCUGCCUUUUACAACCUAACGUCACAGAAUCUAAACAGCACAGUGUUCAGAGGAUUUGGAAACAAUGGUACAAUCAAUUCCAUCAUUAAAGUUGGCUCAAAUAUAAUUUUUGGCGGUCAAUUCACAAAUUUGGGCAUACCCCAACUUCUGACACAUUCAUACAACACUUCAAACACAUCAGUGACAACAGAUCAACUGGUAAGCUUAAGAUAUGCAUCUUUUUCAUCUUCAGAUGAUUCUUCAAAUCCAGAAGCUUUAGUUUGUCCAGAGUCUUCACAAGAAUGGUCUGUCUCUGGAGCUUCAUCUGCAACUGUGAAUAUCAACCUACCUUAUCAAGUGAUACCGUCUAAAAUAAGAAUAUAUAACUCCCAGGAUGAUGAUAGUCAAGUCUCACUGUUUAGACUAUUGACCUCUCCUGCAAAUGGUAUUAUGAAUUUAACAUAUGUUGACCCAGCAACUGGUGAUUUAUCAUAUUGUGAUGCUUGGUGUCCAUUACUCAAUUCAUCUUAUUUAGAAUCAGCUUCCAGAUCAAAUGACGGUUCUACUGCUGUUGCAUUUGCUGAUACAAGUAUUGGUUAUAGUUCAACUUAUCAAGAAUUUGGUUUCAUCAACUCAUUAGAUGUUGGAGGAUUAACUUUCCAAGUCUUAGACUCCUUUGGUUCAAAUAUUGCGUUGGAAGGGCUUCAAAUUUAUCAAUCUUUAUACUCAACUUAUGCUAACAAUACUUUGAAUGAACCAAGUUGCGGCAUUAGUGAAUAUUCAAGAGCUGAGACCAGAGGUGAUUGGUCAUCUUCUCCAAAUGGCCAAUAUAUCACUUCUGAUGUGGAUGUAUCAAGUGGAAUUCCAGAUGAUGUGGGUGUAACAUUUUUUCCAAAUAUCACUUAUGCUGGUGAAUAUACUAUACUGAUGUAUACACCCGGAUGUGGUCAAGAUAAUUCUUGCUCUUCAAGAGGUGUUGCAAAUGUCACUAUUUAUGAUGAUUCUACUGAUGAAAUUUUGGACUCAAGUUUGAUUUACCAAACUAAUGAAGAAGAGAAAUAUGAUCUAGUCUAUUAUGGACAGUUGAAUUCAACCGUUAGAGUUGGUAUGGUUUUAGACCAAGCUGGUCCUUCAGGUAAUACUGUAACUUUUGUUGCUGACAGAAUCAGUGUUACAAUCUUUGAAAUUGAUGAUAUUGUUCAUCGUAACGGUACCAUCCCAAUCAAUGGGUUGUUUGAAUAUUCACCAUCAAAUUUCUCAAAUUUUGAUGCAAGCAAUGUUACACAGAGAGAAUAUGUUGGAAACACAACCAUCAACAGACUUGGAUCAUCAUUAUCUAAUCAUUCUGAUAUACACCUGGCCUCAUACAAUAACUCAAUUUAUGUUGGUGGUGACUUUACCUCCAAUUAUGGUGACAACUUGUUUAGAUUGGACAUUAGUGAUUCCAACAAUGAAACUAGAGGAUUGAAUGUCAGUGCUCAUGACGUUAACGGUGGUCUUGAUGGUGAAGUGACAAAUAUGAAAGUUAUUGAUAACUCAUUGAUCCUUCUUGGAGACUUUAACAACACAAUUAAUGCUACAACUAUUUCAAGUCUGGGCAAUGAUAACUCCAACUCGUUACAAGAAAGUGCAUUAUACAAUGGAUCAUGGUAUUCGUUUGGUACCAGGAUAAAUGCAAGUUCUGUUUCUAAUAUAACUCUUAAAGGGAAUGAGUUCUGGCUGUUUGAUGAUGAUCAAAGAUGGAUUACUGGAAAUGAUACUUGGUACAAUAAUACAUUGGAACUUUCUUUCAAUAUCACUUCUUCAGGCAAAAAUAACAACUCAACUUUUUUUGUUGGCUCUUUGAAAUCAUCCGACUCUAUUGGAAACAAAGGGACUUUCAUAAAUGGUUCAGGUGAUCAAUCAAAUAUUACCAAUGAAGAGUUUUCUCAAAGUGUCAUUAAUUCUGGUGUCUAUAUCAACAACUCGUUAUCAGUUUUUGGUGGUGAGUUCAAUACUUCUUCAGGCAUAAGGAACCUGGUUUUUGUUUCUGGAAAUGAAACCUCAGGCGUUGAUAUUUCUUGGGCAUCAAACUCUUCAGUCACCAGGUUGUUUGCAGAAAAUGAUAGAUUAUUUGUUGGUACCAAUGGUAGUGGAUCUGUUGAUAACCACAAUUUUGAUGGUGUUUUCAUCUACAACUUGAAUAAUAAUACAUUUGGCUCCACUCAACCAGACGGAUUAUCCAGUAAUUCUGGAUCACCUGUGGUGAACGAAUUGGGGUUCUUGAACAAUACUUAUUUGAUUGUUGGUGGUGACUUUGAUUCUGCUGGGUCUGUUUCAUGUUCUGGGUUAUGUUUUUACAAUAUUAAUGAAACCAAUUGGGAAUCUUUAGUUGAUUCGUUCUCUGGUACUGUUCAUGCAUUUAGAUUUGUUAAUGAUACCGUUUUGAUUAUUGCGGGUGACUUGAGAUAUGAUAGUAACGAUUUGAAAUUGAUGAGUUAUGAUUUCAAUUCUACAAGCCACUCUCAACCUGAUCACUUUAGUCAAUUGAACCGUACAGUUGAGAAGUUUAUUUUGGUGGAUAAUUCAACUGAUGGAAGAAUAAUCGUUUCUGGGUCAGAUUUUAUUCAGGCUUAUGAUGGCUCUUCAUGGAGAUCUAUUGAUAAUGAAUUGAAUAACUCAACAAUUCGGGAUAUUUCACUUUUGAGCAUCUCCAAUUCAAAUGAUAACAAUAAUGGUUCCAUCUUUGAUUCAAAUCAAGUGUUGGUUGCUUCUGGUGAAUUAAACUUAACUGAUUAUGGUUAUUUGAAUGUUGCCUACUUUAAUAGUACGAACUGGCUACCAUAUAUGAUUACAACUCAUAACAACUCAACUUCUACUGUGAAUUCCAUUUUCUUGAAUAAAGACAUAUCAGAUUUAUACAUUGGUGGAACUCUUACUAAUACAACACACCCAUCAACCACUUCAUCAACACCAUCCAGCUCCUCAAGUUCUGCUUCUUCAGGAAAGUCCCAUCAUAUUAAACGUGGCUUUAUUGUCCUGAUUGGAUUAGCUUUAGCUGUUGGUACAAUGACAUUGUUGGGUCUUAUUGCAGCAUUCUUUAUCUUCAAAAGAAAGAAGCACAAUUACACUCCUGUGGAACCAAGAGUUAAUGAAACAGAAAUGCUCGAUACUGUUCCACCGGAGAAUUUAUUCAAACAUGUUUGA